UUUUUGGUCACGUGAUUCAGGCGCGGUCUAUCCAGUUUCCUGUUUGUGAGACUAGCAGCCGGUGAAGGCGUCUUGUUAGGAAAAGCCCAGCAACAAAAUGUCUUUCGAUCUGGCGUCAGCUUUAGGUGGGGGGGAAGAGGACGUGAAGAAGGAGGAAGCUCAGAAGGAUGAGAUUAAGUUGCCCUGGAAGAAGGACAAGGAUAAGGGAGACUGCAAGGACAAGUCCGACUCAACACACAAGUCUGACAAAGAUCACAAGUCUGACAAAGAUCACAAGUCUGACAAAGAUCACAAGUCUGAUAAAGAUCACAAGUCUGAUAAAAAGCACACGUCCGACAAAGACGACAAGUCUCACAAAUCCCAUAAAUCUGACAAUAAGCACAAGUCUCACAAAAAGCACAAGGACAAGCACGACAAAGACCACAAGAAGAAGGACAAGAAGAAGGAAAGGAAGGAGGGAAGUUCAUCAAGCUCCUCGUCUUCAUCCUCCAGCAGUGAUGAAGAGUGAUGCAUCCUGGGACCGGACAGUUCAUUAUGAAUGGGCAGCAGUACCAACUUUUCCUUCUGUACUUUCUUUGGUUUCACAUAAACAUGCUGGUCUUGUGUAAACAAAUCUGAAGUAAAUGUUCUGACAACAAAAAGCCUGCAGGAGUCUUUUUUUCCCCAUUAGGUUCUCCUGUCAAGUAAAGUGUGUUUCUUUACCACCAGAUGGCAGUGUUCUCUAUAUUUAGGGGCUCUCAAAAUGUCAUGUCCACACCUAGAAGAAUGCAAAUAUAGUGUUUGUCAUUGUAAUUGUUAAAAUUACAAAACAGAAAUAGAUUCUCCUAAGACAAAAGAAUAAUAAACAAUUUACUGUGAAAAUGUAUAUGGAUCAUCCUGAUGCAUUCAUUAUUGGCAGCCCUUUUAUAUUAAAGGUUUCCCUGAGUCUUUUACUAUGAAUAAUCUAAAACAAUCACAUGUAAUGACAUUAAAGUCUAUAUGUAAAAUAAUAAACUGAAAAGCAACAGUUUAAAAUUAAUGAAGUGGUAAAAGUAACACUAUUUUACAUAGAAUUAUAACACAAGAAGUACACAGCAUUUUAAAAAGGAAAUAUUUUACUGUACUCAAGUUCAGCACAUAUAUUCUACAACUGUAGGGCACACUGUCGAUUCAGAUUGUACUGUAUUGCAACAAUACAUAAUAUUUCUGAAAAGUGAAAUAUCUGAACGAUGGAUAGAACUACUAAAAAAAAUACAUUGUACAUCACUAAAUAAAGGAUUAUCUGUUUACCUUG